AGCGAGCAGAGAGGACAGUCUGUUUUCCAGAAAAAACAUCCUUGUCUCAGAGAAAAGAGUGGAAAAGCAACGGAUCUGAGGGGCGUCUUGUGUUCUCGAAUAAAACCCGAAGACUCUCAGGACAAGCUGUGCUGACGGGGAUGCUGGGGGUGUCAGAGAUGACGGGCAGCAAUAUGGCCAAUGCCCUGGCAAAUGCCUCGUGUGAACGGUGUAAAAGCGGCUUUGCCCCAGCGGAGAAGAUCGUCAACAGCAACGGCGAGUUGUAUCAUGAACAGUGCUUUGUCUGCGCACAGUGUUUCCAGCAGUUUCCUGAAGGGCUCUUUUAUGAGUUUGAGAAAAGGAAAUACUGUGAGCAUGAUUUCCAGAUGUUGUUUGCUCCCUGUUGUCACCAGUGUGGAGAGUUUAUCAUUGGGCGUGUGAUUAAGGCCAUGAAUAACAGCUGGCACCCUGACUGCUUCUGUUGUGAUAUCUGCCAAGCCGUGCUUGCCGAUGUUGGAUUCGUCAAGAACGCCGGCCGCCAUCUCUGCCGUCCAUGUCACAACCGCGAGAAAGCUCGGGGCCUAGGGAAGUACAUCUGUCAGAAGUGUCAUGCCAUCAUUGAGGAGCAGCCCCUCAUUUUCAAAAACGACCCCUACCAUCCCGACCACUUUAACUGCAGUAACUGCGGUAAGGAGCUGACUGCUGAUGCUCGCGAGCUGAAAGGGGAACUCUACUGCCUCCCCUGCCAUGAUAAGAUGGGUGUGCCGAUCUGCGGAGCCUGCAGACGUCCUAUAGAGGGCCGUGUGGUCAACGCCAUGGGCAAACAGUGGCAUGUUGAGCAUUUUGUCUGUGCCAAGUGCGAGAAGCCUUUCCUGGGACACCGUCAUUACGAGAGAAAAGGCCUUGCUUACUGCGAGACUCACUACAACCAGCUCUUUGGUGACGUUUGUUAUCAUUGCAACCGUGUGAUCGAAGGAGAUGUGGUGUCGGCUCUGAAUAAGGCUUGGUGUGUGAAUUGCUUCUCGUGCUCGACCUGUAACACCAAGCUCACCCUCAAGGACAGGUUUGUGGAGAUGGACCUGAAGCCGAUGUGUAAACAUUGUUACGAACGCCUGCCGGAAGAUCUGAAGCGCCGUUUGGCGAAACGUGAACGUGACUCUCGCGAACGGCGAAAGAAAGUCAUCGCCGUCUGAACAAGUUUGUGGAAUUUGACAUGAAGCCGGUGUGUAAGAAAUGUUACGAGAAGUUUCCUCUUGAGCUGAAGAAAAGACUUAAGAAGUUGGCGGAGACCAUAGGCCGCAAGUAGAUCUCCUCGUCCACAGGGGGAGACAAAGCAUGGUCAUUCGUUACAUCUAUGGUGCUUAAAGUACGAAAAGAGACCAAACUAAACCUGGACCGCAAAUUAUCUCGGCUUAGUCUUAAUAAUGGCUUGGGUGCUUGAACUUUGUUUUUCCAUGGCAGAUUUUCUGUGGUCUCACACCAACAGAUGUUCUUGUGUCUUAACACUCUGCAAGCAAAACCAAACAAAUGCCUUUAUAUUGUUUAUUGAUAUGUAUGUACUUGCAUGUUUAUAAAGAGAAUACUAGUAAUAUUCACACUGUUCAGAGUGAUUAUUCUGCACGUGUGUCACUUCUGUUGCCUCGUAUGCAAUGCCACAGAGCUUUUUCUCAAGGCUGAACCCCUUUCUGUGUCCUGACCGGGGUCCCAGUUUGAUGUACUGAUCUGAGAGUUGUAUUUGAUUUUUAAUGUAUUCUCAAGUCUCAUAUUUUUCUGUCAGAUGGGAUCAGUAGCUAAUGCAUGAUGUAAUGAGUCUGGAGCAACACAAGCUCUAAACCAAAAACUUUUUGCUCAUAUCAAGCUUUAUUAAAGCCCUAGCUGUGUUCUCGAAAUCUCUAAUAAAUGAGACCACUUAUAUUUCUUCUGAGAGGUUUAUGAACUAUGUUGACUGUCUUGCAUCAUAACAUCCUUGUCUUUUUCAUUUGUUUUAAGCUUUAGUUUUAUGACAUGCCUCCCUUCAUUUUUCUGGAGAAAAAUUCAUUUUAUACUCUUCGGAUAUGAUGAACUUGUGCCUUGUGUAUUAUCUACAUUGGCAGUAAUUAAGUAUGAUUUUUGUAACAAUUGACUGAAUGUAAACAUGAUUUGACGGUCUUUGAUUUCAUAAAGUUUUUAAGUAUGAAAUAUAUUAUAAAAGUUGACACUUAACCUCACUACAUUUCUACUAUUAAUUAACAUGAUAUUUUGUUUAUGCAUUUAGCUAUUUGCUAAUCAGUUUUUUAAAGCAAGAUUAUUACUGUCAGACAUUUACUUUUAGUUAAGAGUAAUUUUUAAAAAGCCAUCGCAAAACUACUUUAUGAAUUCAUCACGGUCUGCAUUCACUGAAUGAUGCAUUUUGGCAAAAUGUGUAUUAAUAUGCUUAUUGGCAGCUUUUAAAUGAUACAUCUCACUAUGUUCUGUGUGCAAAAUCUAAAUAUAUUAAUGAAGUAUGCACUA